UCUCAACCCGGGGCGGGAACUUCUUUACCCUUUCCUGUAACUUGAAGGCUGCACCGACUUAUGGUGCUUGAGAUUUGGUGAUGAGUUCCCAGAAAGGCAACGUGACUCGAUCCCGUCCUCAGAAGCACCAGAAUACGUUCACCUUCAAAAAUGACAAAUUUGAUAAGAGUGUUCAGACCAAGAAAAUUAAUGCAAAACUUCAUGAUGGAGUAUGUCAGCGCUGUAAAGAAGUUCUUGAAUGGCGUGUAAAAUAUAGCAAAUACAAAGCACUGUCAAAGCCUAAGAAAUGUGUUAAAUGUUUACAGAAGACAGUAAAGGACUCUUACCACAUAAUAUGUAGACCAUGUGCUUGUGAACUUGAAGUUUGUGCAAAAUGUGGAAAGAAAGAGGAGAUCGUUAUUCCGUUUAAUAAAGAACCAGAGACUUCAGACAAUACUGAAAAUGAAGGUUCUAACCAUAGAAGAAGCUGCAGACGGAAGGAAGACAGUGAUGAGGACUUAGAUGCUGAGUCUGACUUGGAUGGCGAGGAUGGGGACACUCAGGCCUGCCAGCACCCAGUCAGUUGCAGAGGGAGUCAGAAAAGGCUGUUCCAGUAGGCAGAACUGGCUCGUGAGCGAUGUUGGUUAUUUAUAACAUUUGAGUAACAGAAUCUUAAAGGUUUUCACAAUAACACUUAAGCUGUAUAUACAGAAUAUGUGUGGGCACACUAUGGCAUGUUGUAUAAAACCUAUAGAAAUUAUUUAUAAAAACAUAUUACCUAAUGUCAAAUAAUUCAGUGCUGAGAAUUGGUGAUUGUAUCAGAACCAUCUCAUGGAAAACUAAGAUGACUAGCUCAGUACAUUUCCAUAGCCUGACCUUGACUAUGUGACUUCUUUAGCAAAAGCCCCCUUACAUCAUAGAAAGCAAACAGUGUACACACACACACACACACACACACACACACACACACAAAUCAUGUGUAAUGAUUUUCCUUCAAAAAUGUUUUUAUAUACUUUAUUCCAUUUUUUUUAACCUUUUCCUAGUUUGGAAAUAUAUACUUAGAAAAAAGUAUAUGGACUGUAUAGUUAACUAUCUAGAAAGGAAAAUCCAACAUUCAUACUAGAGUGGACGUACUUGCAGUAUCAGAAGCUCCUGUGAAGUUCUCCCUCAUAAACUUAUCCCUCCCAGAAUUCCAUCAUCCUGAAUUAUCACUUUAUUGCCAGUGUUUUUACUUGUAAACAGUGUAAUUUAGCUUCAUGUGAUUAUUGAAAUCUGUGUCCAUGUGUUUAAAAACCCAAAGCUACAGAAAAGUGACCAGGUGGUACAAUGAACUUUUCCACACUCUUUAGCUGGAUUCCCAAUUUUAAUGUUCUCCUAUGUUUUCUAUGUGUCCUAAUCUCUAUGAAUGUAUAUAUGACACAUAUGUACAUGUAUAUGUGUGUGUAUAUAUUUGCCGAGCCAUUGAAAUAAAUGGGAACCUGUGGUUUUGGA